AUGGCGGGCCAAUCUAUUUUGGGCCCCAAGCCGCCCAUACGAUUGGCGAAAACGGCCAGCCUGGCCUUUCGCACUGCCCAGAUUGCUGCGGCGGGGCGACGGGCGCAAUGGGCCAAAGCGCUGAUCUUGCUGGAGGACCUCGAGGACAGGAGCAAUCGAUUGACAGAUACCCAUGGGUUUCAGGUGAAUGACCGAGACCUUGGCCGCGCGGACCGGAUCUGCUUCAAUGCCGCCAUCACGGCCUGCGGCGCGGCGGCCAGGUGGCCAGAGGCGCUGGAGCUGCUGCGAAGGUCUGAGACCUGCGAGGGCAACUGCAACUUUGGGCUGAACGCGGCCAUCAAUGCCUGCGGACGCGCAUCUCUUUGGGUAGCAGCUUUGCACACGCUGAAGCGAUAUUUGGGGAAGAACAGCCGGCUGCGAGCAGACGUGGUGACAUUCAAUACGACUCUCACGGCUUUCUGCCAUGCAGUGAAAUGGCAGUGCUCGCUGGGCUUGCUGCAGACGCUUCGUCCGAACCAGACCAACCAGACCACACAGACCAUCCUUCUCAGUACCUUUGUGCGGGCCUCGAAGUGGCGACUGGCAAUUGCCUUCUCCUCAACCCGGGAGUCGCAUUUGCCGCACAUCAAUGCUACCCUUGAGGCAUACCGAUGUGCUUCCUUGUGGGAGGCAGCUUUGUCCCUCUGGCAGCGCGUGGUGAGGAGUGGCCAAGCUGACACCAUCACGUACAGCACCACGGUGAGCGCAUGCGCCGACGCGUGGCAGUGGCGGAAGGCACUCCACGUCUUCGCGUCGGCGUCGGUUUCUGACCCAGCGCUGGCUGGGGCGGCGGUCAAGGCCUGCGAAAAGGCCUCCCACUGGAAAGGCGCGCUGGCGGUGCUGGAGGCGCUGCAGCUGGAGCGCCUUGAGCCCAACUCCGCCAACUUCGGGGCCGCCAUCGGCGCCUGCGAGGCGGCGGCCCGCUGGCGAUGCGCGCUGUCGCUCCUGGCGCAGUCGGCGAAUGCGACGGUCGGGUUGCCUUCCAGCAUUCCACUUGCUGCGACAGCCAGCGCCAUGGUCUAUGCGACCAAAUGGGAGGACGCUCUUUGCAUCUUGCACGGCCAUGCUUUCGACUCAGCUGUGGAGAGCGUGGCCCUGCGCGCCUGUGCCAAAGGCCUCGCCUGGCGAUUGGCGCUGGACAUGGGCAAAGGGCUUCUGGGAGCGGAGGUCCACAACCCUUGGCUUCUCGCGGAUGCGGAUGCGUCCGAGCCAGCGAGGCAGAAGAAGAUGUCGACCGCGAGUGGCUGGCCAGUCUGA